GAGCAGGACGCGAAGAGGCAAGGCGAAGGCAGAGGUCAGCGCACAGCUCUUGGCGACGGGCAGGGACCACAGCUGCGACUCGGCGUGCGCACAGCGAAACCUCAGACUUCCAAGGAAGGUCGUGUAGGCCCUCAUCAGGUCAGGGCGGCUACGACCUUGCGCGCAAUGCAAACGGCACAGGUGGUACCCGCAGCCACUGGCGCCGCAGCACUCCUUGCGGAGGGUUCGAGCCACGGCGCCCACGCCCGAGGGCAUGUGGACUGCGGCAUCCGGGCGUGCCUCUUGCGCGAAGGGAGCACGAGAGCCCCACCCCCGAGGGGAUGCGAGGACCCUAGAGUGGAAACUGCGAAGUUUGGUUGGAUACCAAGAGUAUCAUCUCCGGAGACGCUUGCGUGCGAGAGUCGAGAAGCGAGACGAGCGAAACUCACGAUGCAGAUGGGAGGAGCGGGCCGGAGAGGAGACUGCGUGCGAGGCAAAAGCGUCAGCACAGCGUCGAGCGUCGGCAGAGGGCAAACGGCUGGCGCGCGCGUGAUCCAUCAGGCAAAGAUGUGCUGGCAUGCACAAAAGACAGAUAUAGUGUUCGACAGCGAUCGAACGGUUCCUUGUCGUCUCGGCAUGGUCGUGUAGGACGGGGAAAGGAGUAGAGCCUCAUCGUCUGGGCCGCGCGCGCCGGGUCAGGAGCGGCAUACUCACGCGAGAGAGAGCGAGACUUGCGGUGGAGGUGGUGAGAGGCGAGGCCG